CCAUUCUCUGUUUUAGGAACAUUAAGUGAGUAAACUCGAACACUAAUUCUCCUGAACUAUUCAUACUAUUUUUGGAGGCACUCGAAGGAUCAUCGUGCCAUCGCUCUUCUUUGACCGCGUCACUCAAGAUUGUGUUGAAGCCAGAAAAAAAGGAGACGUCAUUAUGGCACUAAUGAUACUGCCAUUCAUUGGAUCAGUGUCGGUAUAUGAGAGUCUGGUGGCUGUCACAACGAUGUGUCUGAUGUAUCUGCUUCUCAAGUUUUUCAACAAUGAUAUUCCUGAAGGGCUUCGUCGGCUGCCAGGACCAAAGCCCCUGCCCAUUAUUGGGAAUGUGCUGGAGGUGGGCAGCAGACCUUACCUGAGUCUCACUGAAAUGGGCAAGCGCUACGGCCACGUUUUCCAAAUCCAGAUUGGCAUGCGUCCUGUGGUUGUGCUGAGUGGCAGUGAAACUGUUCGACAGGCUCUCAUCAAGCAGGGGGACGAUUUUUCGGGCAGGCCUGACCUGUACAGCUUUCGCUUCAUCAGCAAUGGUAAGAGUCUGGCCUUCAGCACAGACCAGGCCGGUGUCUGGCGUGCCCGCAGAAAGCUGGCCUACAGUGCCCUCCGCUCCUUUGCCACCCUGGAGGGCACGACACCACAAUACUCCUGCGUUCUAGAGGAACACGUGUGCAAAGAAGGAGAGUAUCUGAUCAAUGAGCUCAACACUGUCAUGAAGGCUGAGGGAUCCUUCGACCCAUUCCGCUAUAUAGUUGUCUCUGUAGCUAAUGUGAUCUGUGGAAUGUGCUUUGGCCGACGCUACGGCCACAACGAUCAGGAGCUGGUCAGCUUGGUGAACCUCAGCGAUGAGUUCGGUCAAGUGGUGGGCAGCGGUAACCCUGCUGACUUCAUCCCCAUUCUUCAGUUCCUUCCCAGCGCAUCAAUGAAGAAGUUUGUGAGAAUCAAUGACCACUUCAUUGAGUUUGUGCAAAAGCUUGUCAGCGAGCACUACGUCACCUUUAACAAGGACAACAUCCGUGACAUCACCGACUCCCUCAUUGAUCAUUGUGAGGACAGGAAGCUGGAUGAGAACUCUAACAUCCAGAUGUCAGAUGAGAAGAUUGUAGGAAUUGUCAACGACCUGUUUGGAGCUGGUUUUGAUACCAUCUCCACAGCCUUGUCAUGGUCAGUGAUGUACUUAGUGGCCUACCCAGAGAUACAGGAGAGGCUUUAUCAAGAAAUACAGGACAACGUGGGUCCGGAUCGCUGUCCUCUUCUCUCUGAUAAACCCAAGUUAGUUUUCCUGGAGGCCUUCAUCCUGGAGUUGUUUCGCCACUCUUCCUUCCUGCCCUUCACAAUCCCACACUGCACCACAAAAGACACAUCUCUGAAUGGUUACUUCAUUCCCAAAGACACGUGUGUCUUCAUCAAUCAGUGGCAGAUCAACCAUGAUCCCGAGCUGUGGAAGGAUCCAUCUGUGUUCAUCCCAGAACGCUUCCUGAGCGCUGAUGGCACCGAGCUCAACAAGCUGGAAGGAGAGAAGGUCAUGGUUUUUGGCAUGGGAAAGCGGCGCUGCAUUGGAGAGGUCAUUGCACGAAAUGAAGUCUUCCUCUUCUUGGCAAUUAUUAUCCAGAAGCUGCACUUCCACACAAUUCCAGGAGAGGAGCUGGACCUGACGCCUGAAUAUGGACUGACAAUGAAGCACAAACGUUGUCAUCUGAAGGCUUCAAUGCGACAGAGGGGUGAACUGUAAGGGUUGCAGACAGAGCUCAUGGCAUUGAGGCAAAUGAGUGAAAUGUGCAUAUUACUGAAUGUCAGAGAUUACUAGAUUCAUGUGAAUGUAUCUCUGUCAUGUCUUUGGCUCUCUAAGAGAAACUGCUUCACAUGGCAGGGGCCUCUCAGUGAAAUGUAAGGAAAGAUUUGGUUCCUCUGUUUUGGUGUCCGGCAACUAACACUGUUGCCACUCAGAAGUUGUGAAAUCUCACAGAAACUGAAUUGCCUUGUUCAACUUUGGGACAAACGGUAUGUUUUUCUGGAUAGACGUAGUCAUUUUGACCAUUGUGACCUUUAUUGUGACACAGUACACAUAUUACUUUAUGAUAUCAUUUGUACCUUUAAGCUAAUACUUUGUAUUCCAUCAUAAUGUCAAAGAAAGACACUGAAGAUAUGUUUGUAUCCCAAAAUGUGAUCGUGUGUGUGUAUCAAGUUAGGAAUUGUAUAUAUUUGAGGUAAAAGUGUUUCUUUUUUUUUUGUGCAUCUGUGAGAUUUAUCAGGACACCAAAAUAUUUCCAGUGAUUUUGGAAUACAUUAGUAAGCUAUAGAGUUUUUAUAUUCCUAUUUUUUAUAAUGUAUCAAUUAAUGUAUAUCAUGUGAAGUCAUAUGACUGGAGCAGCCUUUAAUCAGCCACACCAAUAAAGGAAAACAAAUGAUUUAAUGA